UUUUUGUAUCUGAGCCAUUUUUCUCUGAACUCUGACAGAUAUAGCAGUCAGUCCACAUAAUGCGGGCCCAAGAUGGUCUAGACCAAGAAGGUUAAUUACUGAGACCCACCUACUGACCCUUACCCAUGUUCUUCUGCUCCAGGGGACCUGUCCUCCUGCGCUCCCCGGAAAACAUGCCCCUCUUCUGGAUGUCUUGUGGAUCACUUCUCCCUCUCCUGGUCCUUUGCUAUAAUGGACAAGAACGCUGCACAAUCCAGGACAACAAACAAUAUCACGUGUCCCCUGUGCUUGAGUCCCUGCGGUGCUACAAUGACUACACCUCCUACGUCCGCUGUAGCUGGGAGGAGAGUCCACACCCGUCCUCACAACCGUUAGCCCUAUUAUACUGGGACAGCCCUGAGAACCGUGAGUCCUUGUGUGGUCAGCCAGCACCGAAUCCCAACAACAUCAAGCUCCCUCCCCAGUGUCAGUACAACACUGAUGACUUUGGCAUCAAUACCAACCAUGUCUUCUUCUUCAAUACCUCCUGUCCCCCUGCCCUGCUUUUGUCUAAGAAUGUGAGGGUGCGUGCACCAGUCCACCUAUCCCAGCAGCUUGUAGAGAGAGGGGACCGUUUGCUCAGCUGGGAAAGCCCCUACCCCCCAUCAUCCCUCUUGACCGCUACUCUCAACUACCAGGUCAACUACAGGAGGUCUAACCAGGAUGACUGGACAGCAGUGGAGGUUCAGGACACCCAGCUGAGUGUGAAGGCUGAGGCUCAGGUGCCCGGCUUCCAGUAUGAAGCCAAAGUGAGGGCAAGAGGGAAGACGGGAGUGUGGAGCGAGUGGAGCCCCCUAGUGACCUGGUGGACUGAGGAGGACUCUGUGCCAGGCCCCUCCAAUUCGCAGUGUGUGUUGGAUAAUGAGACUGCGGUGACAUGCAGCUGGGAGGUGAAGAGAGACCUGGCUCAGUUCCUUACCUUCCAUCUGUCCUGCAAACACAACCACACUGCACCAGCCCAAAAAUGCUGUGAUAACACCAUGGUCGGCGUUCCAUCCAGGGGUCCAAUGCUCAAAUACAGCUGCUCCUUCCAUGUCCAAGACUUAGAGCAGCUAGAGGUGGAGCUCGUACCCACACGCAACAGCAAAGCGUUUAAAACGCACAAAAACAUUCGUCCAAACCGUCCACUCAAAGUGCAGAUAGAAGAGAGAGAUGGGAACUGGAUUCUAAAAUGGAAUCCGCCAAAUUCUAAAGUUGAUCUCACUUAUCAGGUGCACUACUGGAGUAAUGAGACUCAGGAGGAUACUACAUUCCUCAAUGUCUCCCAGGGGUCCCGCUCGCUCUCCAUCCUGGGGGUGUCCCUGCGCCCCUCUGACUGCUACCUGGUUAAGGUGAGAGCCCUGGUGGUCCCGGGAAAGGGUGAUACUUUUGACGGACGCCCCUCAGAAUGGACCGACCCAGUGGAGUGGACCACACAACCAGCUUCCUGGUCCAUCACCACCUUCCUCUACGUCUUCAUCAGUAUACUGGUGGCCAUUGUCUUCAUCGCUCUCUACGUUACCAUACCAGCCUGUCACAGGAGGGUAGUCCUGUGGGAGGUGUCUGUCCCGUCUCCCCUCAAGAGCAAGGUACUGGGAGAGGUCAUUAAGAAGUCUUCUGAUAGGUUGUUAUUCCAUGAGAGUGAGAGAAGUGAGAAGACCUACAUCUGCAGGGUACAGACACAGGAGAGCAGGGAGGAUAACAGUCUCUGCUCCAGCUGCUCUUCAGAUAGUCCAUUGUGGUUGAACCCAGAUGUAAAGGCCAAUGGACUGUUCCAUUCCAUUACCAAGGAGGGGUGGAAGAAGUGUGACCCAAACUCUUCCUCCCGCCACUUGCUGUCUGUGGACAGAUCUGGCCCUCCUGCUCUAGACUCAUCCGGCUUCAGCUUCAGUGGCCCUUACAUCUUCUGUGGCGACAGUUCACCGGCGCCGAGUGAGUUUCUGAGUCUGGAGCCUCCCUGUGAGGAGUCCGACAACACUCUCUCUAACUCUGAACCCACUUCUCCGUCCUCCUCGGAGAGGUCUGCCCCAUCCCUCUCGGAGUCGAGUGAGGACUACGUGGCGAUGCCUCAGGCCUGUGGUGGCCUGUCCAGAUCAACAGAGGGAGUGUCGGAUGUUGUUACGAGCGCUGUAGUAGCGGACGACAGUAAGAACACUGGUAACAACAACGGCAACAACGACAUCAUGGCAUGGCCCAAGUCAGAGCUCCUCCCACCCGGACCUGGCUCUAUGUCCACCUGCUCACCACCAAGUGAGAAUGAAGACCAUCCUCCAGCGUACACCCCUCCCACCACCACCACCACCACCCCCCUCACCUUGCCCCCAGUGGGCCCUACCCUACACACCUCUGGGUACUGCUUCCUCCCGGCCCUACAGGCACUUGGGGGCUGGGACCAUGUGCAGUCUUCUGGACCACCUAAAGGGGGCAGUCAAGAGCAGCAGGCCUGUAGGAGGCAGAUGAGGCAGGAGGAGCAGUGCAAGGAGGAGCAGUGCAAGGAGGAUCCCUAUGUCAGACUGUCCCAGCUAGCCACUUAGCUAACUAGCUAACCCCAUCUAAUGCUGGACUACAUGAGGGCCACUAUACAUCACUGUUCUCAAUAUUUGAUCCAUUCUAACACUAACACACCUGUCUCAACUAAUCACAAGAGCUUGGUUAUUUGUUGGACUAGUUCAUUCAGGUGUGUUCGUGUUGGAAUGGACCACAUGUGUAAAACUACUGAUUUGUGUUCACUGAAGACUGGGUUGAGAUUGAGAAACACUUCUAUUUCUGGGAGGGAAAACUGUUGGAGCCUCAUAGAGAAGCCUCCCUUGGUUACUCACAAUGCCCAGCAGAUGGCAGCACUGUACUUACUGUGUAUCUGUUGAACUCAGAGGUGGCCUAUUUAUUUAACUAGACAAGUCAGUUAAGAAUAAAUUGUCUUUUUCAAUGACAGACCAGGCACAGUGGGUUAACUGCCUUGUUCAGGGGAAGAACAAUAGAUUUGUAUCUCGUCAGCUCGGGGAUUUGAUCUUGCAACCUUUCGGUUACCAGUCCAAUGCUCUAACCGCUAGGCUACGCUGUCGCCCCUAUGGAUUCUACUGUAAGGACUAACUACAAACACAGAAGCAUACUGCAGUAAGCCAUUCCUCUCUGGGUGGUAAGGUGACUGAGGGCCAGAUUCCCAGGUUUCCUCCACAUCACAUAGAUGGCACAUGUGUAACAGGGUGGCACUGUUGAGCGGGUGAACGCAGCCUUAUGCCUCUGUCAGUGCCAGUGGCUGUACCUGUCGUUCUACAGCAGGGGUCGGCCCGCGGGCCACAAAGUGCUGUAUUACAGAAUGCGAACAGUGAUGACGGUCUCCUGGUCAAAUGUCAUUCGUCACAAGCUUUGUAAACAACUGGUGUAGACUUACAGUGAAAUGCUUAAAUAUGGUCCUUUCUAACAAUGCAGAGAGAAAAACAUAGAAAAAGAGAAUAACACAAGGAAUAAAUCCACAAUGAGUAAUGAUAACUUGGUUAUAUACACAGGGUACCAGUACUGAGUAGAUGUGUAUGGAUACGAGGUGAUUGAGGUUGAUAUGUACAUAUAGGUAAGGGGUAAAGUGACUAGGCAACAGGAUAGAUAAUAAACAGUAGCAGCAGCGUAUGUGAUGAGUCAAAAGAGUUAGUGCAAAAAGGGUCAAUGCAGAUAGUCCGGGUAUCUAUUUGAUUAACUAUUUAGCAGUCUCAUGGCUUGGCGGUAGAAGCUGUUCAGGGUCCUGUUGGUUCCAGACAUGGUGUAUCGGUACCGCUUGCCGUGUCGUAGCAGAGAGAACAGUCUGUGACUUGGGUGGAUGGAGUAUUUGACAAAUGUUUUCCUCUGACACCGCCUGGUAUAGAGGUCUUGGACGGCAGGGGCAUACGAACUACCCUCUGUAGCGCCUUGCAGUCGGAUGCCAAGCAGUUGCCAUACCAAGCAGUGAUGCAGCGAGUCAAGAUGCCUUUUAUGGUGCAGCUGUAGAACUUUUUGAGGAUCUGAGGGCCCAUGCUAAAUAUUAUCAGCCUCCUGAGGGGGAAGAGGCCUUGUCGUACCUUCUUCACGAAUGUGUAGGUGUGUGUGGAUCAUGUUUAUUUGUUAGUGAUGUGGAACUAAGGAACUUGAAUCUUUCAUCCUGCUCCACAACAGCCCCAUCGAUGUGGUAGGCGCGUGCUCGGCUCUCCGUUUCCUGUAGUCCACGAUCAGCUCCUUUGUCUUGCUGAUGUUGAGGGAGAGGCUGUUGUCCUGGCACCACACUGCCAGGUCACUGACCUCCUCUCUGUAGGUGGUCUCAGCAACCUUAAUGAUGGUGUUGGAGUUGUGGGCGGCCAAGCAGUCGUAGGUGAACAGGGAGUACAUGAGGGGACUAAGCACGCACCCCUGAGGGGCCCACGUGUUUUAAGGGUCUGUGUGGCAAGCUUUUUGCUUUCUUGGUUAAAUGUGAGAACACAUUUCAAAAAUAGAGGGGAAAGAUGUAACAGGGUGGAACUGUUAAGUUGGUGAAUGUAGCCUCGUGCCUCUGUCAGUGCCAAGUGUGUGAGAUUGUUGAUUGUAAUUAAGGGUGUGGCCUUCAGUAUUUAACCUGGCUGUUCUUGUUGUUCUACAGAUUGGCAUUACCAUGGUAAGGUUGGCAUGCGCAGGGAGGAUGGGAGUGGCGACACUGGGUUAGUCCAAAUUCUGAAGCAUAUCCGGGGAUCUUUUGUUUAUGGCAAGAGUACCCGUAUGCCAAUUUGACCCGCUCUCCUUCACCUAUGGCAUGCCCUCCUGAGAAUAUUGUGCUACAUGUUCUGUGACCACGAGUAAUUGAUCUGAUCUGUGUUAUGCCAUAGCUCAGGCAUAUAUCGAAUGUAAUUGUGGAUUUGUAUGUCAACUAAAGUUUGUUUAUGUCCUGUGAUAGGGAAUGAGUAUGAGCUAGAGCUUCCAAGGAACAUGUAUGCCUGGAGAUGAAGAUGAAAAUAUUGUUUUGUUUGCUGUAAAAUAAAUGAAUGUUGUUCGCUAUACCUCUUA